CAGUCCACCGUCUCCAUUCGUAUUCGGCCAUCACUGUAAGCUUCGUGUGACGCUAGCUAGGCUGUGUUGUUUUUUAAUCACAAACAACACAGCUGUGAGUUAUUACUAUCGUCGUCUAAAUUACCAAAACGAAGAUGACGUCUAAAGUUAAAGGGAAGGUCGGCUCAAAGAAUAAGGAGGAUGCUCCCUAUGAGUUGGAGAGCCAGUUCGUCCUGAGGCUUCCUUCGGAGUACGCCUCAACAGUGAGAAGGAUUGCCCAGUCAAGCAGUAUGAACAUUAAAGACAGACUCACCAUUGAGUUGCACCCUGAUGGUCGUCAUGGCAUAGUAAGAGUAGACCGCGUCCCUUUGGCCUGCAAACUGGUGGAUCUGCCCUGUAUGAUUGAGUCUCUGAAAACAGUGGACAAGAAGACAUUUUACAAGACUGCUGAUGUUUGCCAGAUGCUGGUAUGUACACUAGAUGGAGACCUUUACCCUCCUUUAGAGGAACCAACUGGAACCGACCCCAAGAGCAAGAAGAAGGACAAAGACAAAGACAAGAAAUUUGUUUGGAACCAUGGCAUCACCUGCCCUCUGAAGAAUACACGCAAGAGAAGAUUUCGGAAAACUGCGAAAAAGAAGUACAUUGAAUCUCCUGAUGUGGAAAAGGAGGUGAAGAGAUUGCUGAGCACAGACGCUGACGCUGUCAAUGUCCGCUGGGAAAUCAUAGCAGAAGAUGAGUCCAAGGAAGCAGAUCAGCACAGCUCUCUGGCCAACCUGGACUCCUCGCCUGGUACCUCGGGACACAAGAUGGGUCACGGGUCCUCUGCCCAGCGUGACGAACUGCGGGAGAUCUUCAACGACAUCAGCAGCUCCAGUGAGGACGAGGAAGACGAAGGGGACCGGCAAGAGGACGAGGACCUGAAUAUCAUGGACACGGAGGAUGAUCUGGUCCGACAGCUCCAAGAGAAACUCAACGAGUCUGAUUCUGCUCAGCAUGAGAGUGAUAGAAACAACCAGAUAGUUAUGGAGUACCAGUUGCAGAUCAAUAGCGUCAAAGCCAAGCUUCAGGACACACGUGCCCGAAAGAAACAGCAGGAGGAGCUCAUCAUGAAGGUGGAAAAUCAGGCCCUCAAAAACCGCUUCCAAGCUUUGUUGGAUGAGAUUAUUCAGCAGGAGGAGCGGGAGAUGGAGCAGCUGGCCUCCCUGCAGGAGCAGCUGGACUCACUGAUUGAGAAGUGACCACCAGGGGGCAGCCUCAUGUCAUCUUCAGCCUACCAUACACACACAUGAAGAAGAGGAGGAGGAGGAGGAGAAGAGCCUUCAUCCAGGGAGGAGGGAGUGUUUAUUAGCUGAAUUGCUGUGUCAUUCUUUUUCGUUUAUCUCCACACAAUAUGCAUACAGCUUACUGAUUCAUGUAUUAAAAUUCUUUUUUCUUUUCUUAA